UCGGUCACGUGCAAUCAGUUGGCGUCGCCAUGGCGAAUGGCUGGCUGUGUGCGGGGUUGGUGUGGCCGUUGCUGUCCUGCUGGCUGAUGUCCGUGUCCUGCCUGCCCCGACCUACCCGGGUGUUCGAGUCCGCGAUGUCGGUGCAGCCUAAGCCGUGCCAAGCGCCCCAGCAGUGGGAGGGCAGGGCUGUCAUGUAUAAUCACAAAACGGGUAGGAACAGCCGAGUGCUAAUCUCGUACGACGGGAAAAACCAGCGCAUCCGGAUCGUGGAUGAGAAGAAGGGCCACAUCCCCUGCAAAAAAUUUUAUGAAUACAUUUAUUUGUUUAAAAACCCAGUGCUUUUCAAGAUUGAGCAAGUGACAAAGCAGUGUACCAAACUGCCUCUUCUUGAGCCAUGGGACCCAUAUGAUAUUCCUGAUAACUCCACGUAUGAAGAUCAGUACAACAUCGGUGGGCCAGGAGACCAGAUUGAGGUUCAAGAAUGGUCUGAUAGGAAACCUGCUCGUAAAUUUGAAACAUGGGUUGGAGUUUACACUGUAAAGGAUUGCUAUCCAGUGCAAGAAACUUACACCAAGAGCUACAAUGUUACAAGUUCUACACGCUUUUUUGAUCUGCGUUUAGGGAUUAGUGAUCCAUCUGUGUUCAACCCACCCAGCACCUGUCAGGCAUCUAGCCCAGAAGAGAUGACCGAUGACUGCUGAGCAUAGGUAUUGGCCUGUAGAACAAAACCAUAAUUUAUAGUGUUCCUGUCACUAACAAUCUCUUUUUGAGUGGUGAUGUAUAAGGGAACUGUUGGUUAUUUCUCUCUCAAACAAUCUGCUGAUCAGUAUGUUGUUUUCAAGAAAAAAUGGGUAUUCUUUCAGCUGAAGCAGUUAUGUAAUCAUAGCUUGGAUCUGGGCUUGUGUCUGUGUAUACAUACACUGGAAAGAUAAUUACUGAGAUACAUUAACAGAAUUGUACAAAUUAUUUCAUCUUGUUGUAGUUGGCUCUUUAUAUCUGCUUACAAGUGUGGGCAAUGAUGUAACCCAAAUAAAGCACUACACAACAGAGUACUGCAGUUACUUUCAAAUGACACAUUAAAGCACUUGGAUGUUUAUGCAUUACAAAUAAUAUUAUAAUGUGAUUAGAAAGGUUGAAGUUAUCAAAGUAUUCUUUUGAAAGCUUUAGCUGUGUUCAAGUAACAAUAUUUACUUUUGACUGAAGGGCCAAACAAUGGGUCCUUUUCUUACAGGAGACGAUGCAUUAUUUUUCCAAGUUUACUUCUGAAAUUUGUGACUGUAAAUUGGAGAAGAGUAUAAGCUUAAACACUGAAGCGGUGUUCAUUUUUGAGUCUCGGCAGUACUGUGCUAGUCACAGAUGACAUUCAUUUCCACAAAUACUAUCCUUUCCUCUACUGUUUAAAAACAGUAAUAGGCAUAUUGCUUUGAAGCAUCUGUUACUUUGCAGUAGAGCUAUAAUGAACUUAAUGUUGUUUCUAAUUGGAUAUUUUAACAUAAUAUAUCUUAUCCAGAGGAGACUUAAGAGACUGCUGAUACUGAGAUCUGGAGUAACACACAAUCUGCAAGUGGAACUCAGCUGUUUGAGCAGAUAUUUCAACUUCCUGUUCCAUUUCCACACUAACCUGUCUGUUCUUGACAGCCAGAGUAAGCAAUACACCUGAGAAGUAUACAGCCCAAUAGCACGAACAUUAAACUUCUCAAUUUCAGGUGACUGUCACCUCCAGUGAGUUUCUUCCCUGCCCUAUCUCCUUUCCAUACUCCCCUCCCAGUUCCAUCAACCCAAAAUCCACACAUCUCAUCUGCCUGCAACCCCCAUCUCACCAACCACACCCCAUCCAAUCUGGUUCUGGUUCCAUGUGCCUUUCAUCUCACCCCUAAUGGUUCCUAUGAUCACUUUCCUCGCAUUAAAUUUCAACACCAGUAAUCUCCGUGUUCCUGAUGAUCACCAUCCCCUCAGUCUCUUCCUACACUCUCCCCUCCUGCACUUGAGUCCAUGUGCCUCUGCUUCUUUACUCGCCUACCUCCAUUGUUAUCCAUAUAUGUAUGUCUUCAGCUCCACCCCUUCCCUUCCUUGUCUGGCUCCAUCUAUCCACCAUCAUUCAUCAUUCUCUGUACAUCAAUCCUCUCUGGUCUUUGCUUAUCAACCUCCACUUUACUAGCUAUAUCCCCCUCUCCACUCUUAGUGCUGAUGUAGAAUUUUGGUAACUUUCCCCUCACUGAGUUCAUCCAGCAGAUUAUUUGCUUCAUCUUAUUCAGCAAGUUGAAUUACAUUAUGCAUGCAUUAAGUUUCUCCAUGUUUAAUAUGAGAUGCUGGUUGUUUCUAAUAAUUGAUGGCCUAUAAAAUAAAAAUGAUUCUCUGAA